AUGUCCCAUCUGGAUUCGUAUGCAGCUGCCGGAGAGAAAUUUCAGUUUCACCCCGCUUCAUUUUCUUCUUUCAAUCGCCAUCAGUGGCAGGCGGCAGAGAAGAGAGGAGUUUGUUUGGGGCUCUUGAGCUUGCUGUUGUUACUCUGGUUCAAAAUGGCGAAUGCCACCAAAGGAUUGUUCAUUGCCUGUGACAUACCAAUGGCACAAUUCAUCGUCAACCUGAAUGCUUCAAAGCCCCCGUCGCAGAAGUUCAUCAUUCAUGUUCUGGAUGACACGCAUCUGUUGGUGCAGCCCGAUUCUGGUGGUACGAUACGAGCUGCCAUUUCAGAAUUCAGAGACAAGAACUCCUACGAGAAGCCGGCUUAA